AUGGUUCGCUCAGUGCGACGCCGCCCGCGCAACGAGCAACUCGUGCGUCAAGUCCAAUCGGGUAUGUUUGACCCAGCGUCAUUGUUUUUGAAGAAAAUGGCACUGACAAAUGAUCCGCGGAGAAUAUUGGAAAUAUUGGAAGAGUCAGAUGAAGACCAAUCAAAUUCUACUUCGGACGCCGAGGUUGAAGACCAUUUAUCGGAACGAAGUAACGAUAGCGGCACCGAACAACAAGUUAGUGAUUCUGAUGCGGACUCUGAUUCAUCAAGCAAUUUGGACCUUUUGAGAUUACAAAGUCAACAAAAUCGGCAUGUGUUCAAAGGAAGAGAUGGAACUUUGUGGCAAAAAACACCAGCACGAUCAAACGUACGUACCAGAUCAGAAAAUAUUAUAUCCGAUUUACCUGGUGUUAGAUCCGUUGCUCGUAAUGCAAAAACUAUAUUUGAGUCCUGGAGCUUAUUCAUAACGGAUGAUAUAUUGAAUACGAUUCAAACCUGUACUAAUUUACACAUUCAAGAGAGGAGAGCAUUGUGUGCCGAUUUGAGCAAACAUAGAUAUAUGGAAGAAAUAGAAAUUAGUGAACUGAAAGCAUUCAUAGGCCUUCUAUAUAUUGCCGGAUUUUACCGUUCAAACAAACAAAAUUUGAGUGAUUUAUGGCAAGUAGAUGGUACAGGCGUAGAAAUCUUCAGGCUCACCAUGUCAAUCCAGCGAUUUUACUUUAUACAAAGCUGCCUACGUUUUGAUGACAAAUCUACACGUGCUGAAAGACAACAAUUCGAUAAUUUAGCGCCGAUAAGGAAUAUUUUCGAGAUGUUUGUACAGCAGUGUCAAAAAAUGUAUUCGCCAGGCGAAAACUGCACCAUUGAUGAGAUGUUGGUUGCAUUUCGAGGACGUUGCAAAUUCCGGCAGUAUAUUCCAUCUAAACCUGCCAAAUACGGAAUUAAAAUAUUUGCCUUAGUAGAUGCAUCAACAUAUUAUGUGACCAAUUUAGAAAUAUAUAGCGGAAAGCAGCCAAGUGGCCCAUACUCACUCAGCAACAAACCUUUUGACGUUGUAAAUCGCGUCGUCUUGCCCGUUUCUAAAAGCCAUCGUAACAUAACAUUCGACAAUUGGUUCACGAGUUAUGAAUUAGUAUCUCACCUCCUAACGGAACAUAAACUUACAGCAGUUGGAACCUUACGCAAAAACAAACGGCAGAUUCCACCUCAAUUCAUUACAACACGUGGAAAAUGUCCAGGAUCAUCUACCUUUGGACAUCAAAAGGACAUAACUCUAGUCUCCUACAUUCCAAAGAAAAAUAAAGUUGUCUUAUUGAUGUCCAGUCUACAUCAUGACGAAAAAAUUGAUGAGUCUACAGGUGACAAAAGGAAACCAGACAUCAUAUCCUUUUACAAUCACACCAAGAGUGGAGUGGAUGUAGUGGACAAUCUUUCUGCGUCAUACAACGUGAGUAGAAACACAAAACGAUGGCCAUUGACUAUCUUUUUUGCAAUGCUAAAUAUAUCGGAAAUAAACGCAAACAUAAUAUACCGGGCUAAUAAUGAUGAUACACGCAUGAAAAGAAGACAUUUCCUAAAAAAUCUGGGACUCGCCAUGGUGCAGGAACAUUUACAAGUGCGACGAGCUCGAGUGAAUUUACCACGUCAACUGCGCAAAAGAAUCGCACAAUUCACAGGUGAAACCACAGAUGAACCACCUCGAAAGAUUCUAGGCGUUCGCAAGAGAUGCCAAAUAUGUCCGUCCAAAAAAGAUAAGAAGACAAGUCAUACCUGUCAUGAAUGUCAAAUUUAUAUAUGCCCUGAUCAUUUUAUUACCUACUGCAAUAAUUGUAGUAGUUCGAUGUCAGUAAAUGAGGAAAUAGAAGACUGA